AUGGACAGGGAAGAUUCUUUUACUCCUAGCAGUGGCCUUCACAGAGUACUUCCUUCAGAAAUCUUUGAACAACGCAGCGUUGAGAGAUCUGGAUUUUCUGGAAGAAGUGAUGAAAGAGAUUCAGGAAGCAGUUAUGGGAAAAGAAGAAAUAAUGGAAAUGGUAAAGAAUCUGAAAAACAUGGUGGUCACAGUGGCCUUCACAGAAUGCUUUCUUCUGAAAUCUUUGAACAACGCAGUGUUGAGAAAUCUGGAUUUAGUGGAAGCAGUGAUGAAAGAGAUUCAGGAAAUGGUUAUGGUGAAAGGAGAAAUAUUGGAAAUGUUAAAGAAUCUCAGAAACAUGGUGAUCGCAGUGUCCUUCAUAAAAUGCUUUCUUCAGAUACCUAUGAAAAACGCAGCACUGAGAGAUCUGGAUUUAGUGGAGCAAGUGAUGAAAGGGAUUCAGGAAACAAUUAUGGGGAAAGAAGAAAAAAUGGAAAUGGUAAAGAAUCUCAAAAGCAUGUUGAUCGCAAGAGAAUUUCUACAUACUUCGAGGUGGUGGAUGAUAGAUUUCGUGACGAUAUAUCUGAAACUACAGAGACAUACAAUAUGCAGAGAAAGCUCUCAAAUCAGCAAAUUGCACUAGAUUCAUCCAGGCCACGAGAGGUUCGUUCUCUUCGGGAUAUAUUAGAUAGAAUCCCAACUCUGCGACUAAGAGAAGCUCUUAAAGAAGAUGGUGGUAGGCCUUCUGAUAGUCCUAGUUCUAUGCAAAGGACCGAAACUACUACUAAGCCAAGACACACUGAUGAACAUUCUACUAAACCUAGAAACCUGGAUUCUAUGGGAAAUGAAAAACACACAUUAGGAAGCGCAUAUAGUAUCAGUUCUGACCCUGAGCCAGCUUCAAAACAAUCAACAAAACCCAGUAGUCAGUCUAUUUCAAAACCAGCAAGUUCAUCAUCUUCUAAUAAUCCUUCGACCAUUGGCUGUCGUACUCCGAGAAAUCAAUCAAAGGCUGCUUCAAAUGCAAAAAACCUGGACUCUGUAGUUCCUGCAGCUAAACCUAUGGACGUUCAAUCAAAGGAACCGACUACGGGUAAGUUGCCUAGGACUCCUAGCAGUAGUGGUGUAUCUCCGGCUACACACCUAAGCAAUGCAUCGACUUCAUCCCCUACUUCCACUUUUCUCAGUCCAAGAGCUUCCACAGUGAGUUCCUUAUCAUCAUUGACCAUUAGCGAAGGUGGUACCUCUAGCGGCACUAAUCAGACGAAACAAUAUAAAGACAUCCCACAUCCUCAGUGCUCUGUAUUUCCAGAUACUGCCCUUCAAUCUACUUCCUCUAUGCCCUCAAGCAGUCUAACUGUGCAAUCAUCUCAAUUUGUCCCACAGCAUAUUCCUCAGGCCAGCUCUGGAGUUGCAACUGAGUCUCUUCCUUCAGCGCAUCAGUUGGGUGGGAAAAAGGAAUUGCAAGCGGAUCAGGGGACUGGUCCUUCACUCAUGCCAGAUUCUGGUCCUUUAGAGCAGAAAUCUAGUGGAAGAAAAGAAAUUCCUCAGGUAAACUGA